GAGAAGGUGAGAGAGAGAGCGAGGAGGUGCUGCAUCAGUUUAGCUGCAGUAGUCAGAGGACAGCGGCGGCAGUAGCAGUUUAAACGGUGCUCCACUGCUCGUCCAUUGUCCGACUGGACAGUGCUCUGUCCACUCACAGCAGCAGCAACCGAAGCUGGGCAGGAGGUCACAGGACAGUUGGAACUACUGAUAACCUUCUGUUCUUCUACAGGACAUACUGACCCUCUCUCCAUCCUCGUGCGGGACCUCUGUCUUUUUUUUCUUGCCAGGCUUGCUCUCUUCUCAGGAACUGUCUGGAUUUCAGCGGCUCCGAGAGUCAUGGGGCUGGGGGAGAGGGGCGCAAGGACAGCGUGGGGAGAGAGCGUCCCGAGCCUAGUGUGGAGACUAGUGUUAGUGUGCUGUGGAAUCCACACUGUUCGCGCUCAAACCUCAGGGGACAGCAAGUCACUCUACUUCUGGGAGACAGGCCCGUGGGGGAGGUGUAUGGGCAGUGAGUGCGGCCCUGGAGGCAGCCAGAGCCGAGCAGUUUGGUGUGCCCACGUGGAGGGCUGGACCACGCUUCCCACCAACUGCCUCCAGUCAGCGCGGCCCGCCAACCAGCAGAGCUGCUUCCGCGUGUGUGACUGGCACAGGGAGCUUUAUGACUGGCGGCUGGGUGACUGGAACCGCUGCGCUCCCGUCGUACCUCGUGGUGGUGGGGUAGUUCGCUCAGGCCCCUGCCCAAGAGGCGAGGAGGGCAUCCAGACGCGAGAGGUGAGCUGUGUGCUGAAGGCUGACGGUUCGCCUGCUGAUGAUGCCAUCUGCGAGUACUUCGAGCCCCGGCCUCGGCUGGAGCAGGCCUGUCUGAUCCCGUGCCCAAGGGACUGCAUAGUGUCCCGCUUCAGCCCCUGGACAGCCUGCUCCAAGACGUGUGGCCUGGGCCUGCAAAACCGCGUUCGAUCCGUCCUGGCGCCUCCGCUCUUCGGCGGCCAGGCUUGCCCCAACCUGACCGAGUUCCGCACAUGCGCGCCCAGGCCUUGCGAGGGCCGCGAGAUGCUCUUCAACCUGCGUGUGGGUGGCUGGGGAGAUUGUGGACUCCCACCGUCCAUCCCUGAGGCCUCUGAGGCCCCGAGCCUUCCUCCGGCGCAGCGAGUAGCCCGCCAGGCUCGCCGCAGGAAAAGCAAGGAGCGCAAGGGGGCCAAAGAUCCAGAGACACGCGAGCUGAUCAAGAGCAAGAGGAACCGCAACAGGCUGAACCGGCAGGAGAGCAACCUGUGGAGCAUCGAAGUGGGAUACCGGGCGAGGCAGGUAGUCUGCGUCCAUCGCAACGGGAGCACAGUGCCCCUUAGCCAGUGCCCCCAUUGGAGCCUCCCGGACAUGCACCAGUCCUGCCUGAUGCGCAAGGACUGCGUGGUCAAUGAGUGGGGACAGUGGGGUCCAUGCUCGAAAACAUGUGCAGACCCCAGUGUUCCGAUGGGCACCCGGAUCCGCACCAGACAGGUCCAGCAGCUUCCUGUGGGCGGAGGAGCGGAGUGCCCCCAGCUGGAGGACAGCCAGCCCUGCGAGCCUUUAGGAGACAGCGUCCCACCCUGCGCCACCUACACCUGGAGGACCACAGAGUGGGGUGAGUGCCGCGUGGACGCGUUGCUAAGCCAACAGGACCGGCGCCGUGGCAACCAGACGGGCUUGUGCGGGGGUGGCCUGCAGACGAGGGAGGUGUACUGUGUCCAGGCCAACGCUGAGCUGCUGUCUUACCUGAGCAACAACCAGGACAAAACAGAAGGCCAACCUCAGAGCAGCCCGAAGCCUAGCGUCCCACCCCUCCUCUCCAUCACGUUUGAAAUCACAGCUUCCCAGCCUGUGGAGAGUAAGCUGUGUGUGGGGUCAGUGCCAAGUACCAGCCAGCUGUGCCACAUCUCAUGCCCCAUCGAGUGUGAGGUGUCUCCCUGGGGGGCCUGGGGACCGUGCACCUUCGAAAACUGCAAUGACCAGUCGGUAAAGAAAGGUUUCAAGUUCCGAAGGCGAAAGAUCACAAACUACCCAACAGGCGGAGAAGGAGACUGCCCCCAUCUGGUGGAGGCCAUACCCUGUGAGGAACCUAGCUGUUUCGACUGGCAGCUGCUCAAACUGGAGGAGUGCGUCCCUGAUGAGGAUAUGGACUGUGGUCCAGGAACACAGCUUCCACAGGCACGCUGCGUCAACAGCGACGGUAAGGAGGUGAAUAAAGAGCUGUGUGCUGAUGCGGUCUUCCCAGCCUCAGUGCCCUGCGUGGUUCCGUGCCCUAAAGACUGCGUCCUCAGCCCCUGGACGCCCUGGUCUACCUGCUCCCAGACCUGCUCCAGCAAAACGGCUGAGGGCAAGCAGAUGAGAACGAGAGCCAUCCUGGCCUACAAUGCUGGAGAAGUGACUUCAAUGGUAGUGGCGUGGAUAACAGUUAUGGAGGGUCUUACAAGGGUUCCAAAGUUUCCUGAGCUCUAUGGAGGCAUCAUUUGUCCAAACACGAGCGCACUGCAGGAAGUGAGGAACUGUAACGAACACGCCUGCAUCGUGUACCACUGGCAGACCGGUCCAUGGGGGCCGUGUACGGAGGACACUUCGGUCACCACGCUCAACUCCACCACCACCAGCUCCAAAACCACUCCCUCUGGACCAGACAAGCCGUCCUGCGCCAUGGGCAUGCAGACCCGCAAGGUCAUCUGCGUCAAAGUCAACGUGGGUCAGGUCCCUCCAAAAAAAUGUCCAGAUGGUCCUCGGCCAGUAUCAGUGAGGCCUUGUGUGCUGCCCUGUAAGAAGGACUGCAUAGUGACACCAUUUGGUGAAUGGACGGCCUGUCCUACAUCCUGCGAACCAGUCACCAGCGGCCAGAAGAGCAAGCAGUCCCGUUUCCGUGUGAUCAUCCAGAAGCCAGCCAACGGCGGACUAGACUGUCCCGAGGUGCUCUAUGAAGAAAAGGACUGUGUGAGCCCCCCUUCAAACUCUGCCUGUCCAGUUUACAGGUGGAAGACCCACAAGUGGCGCCGGUGUCAGCUGGUUCCGUGGAGCAUCCGGCAGCAGAGCAUUGGAGCUCAGGAGGGGUGUGGAGCAGGGCUCCAGACCAGAGCGGUCUCAUGUCGGCAGCUGGACGGGUCAGUAACAGACAUAGGCCAGUGUCUGAAGUUUGCCAACUCCAUGCCUGCUAUAAACCAGCCGUGCCAGUUGCCGUGCCGAGACGACUGCCAGCUCACCAACUGGUCCAAAUUCUCACCCUGCACGGCUGACUGCGUGGGGGUCCGCACUCGAAGGAGGGCUCUAGUGGGAAAGAGCAAGAAGAGGGAUAAGUGUAAGAACAGUCAGAUGUAUCCACUGAGUGAGACCCAGUACUGCCCCUGCAACAAGUACAAUGCCCAGCCAGUGGGCAACUGGUCCGACUGCAUCCUGCCUGAGGGCCGACUGGAGAGUGCUCUGGGCAUGCGGGUGCAGGGAGAUGGUCGGGAGUGCGGCCAGGGCUACCGAUACCAAGCCAUGGCAUGCUAUGACCAGGACAACAGGCUGGUGGAGACCUUACGCUGCAACAGCCACGGGUACAUUGAGGAGGCCUGCAUCAUUCCUUGCCCAUCCGACUGCAAGCUCAGCGAGUGGUCCAACUGGUCACGCUGCAGCAAGUCCUGCGGCAGUGGGGUUAAAGUGCGCUCCAAAUGGCUCAGAGAGAAACCGUACAACGGUGGGAGACCCUGCCCUAAACUGGACCACAUCAAUCAGGCUCAGGUGUACGAGGUGGUCCCAUGUGUGAGCGAUUGCAGUCAGUACGUCUGGGUGGCCGAGCCAUGGAGUAUGUGGAAGGUCAGCAAUGUGGACCUGAAGGAAAACUGCGGCGAAGGAGUGCAGACGAGGAAAGUCAGGUGUAUGCUGAACACGGUGGACGGCCCCACUGAUGCUGUGGAGGACUACUUAUGUGACCCUGAGGAGAUGCCCGCAGGGACCCGGGAAAGCAGGCUGCCCUGCCCGGAGGACUGCGUCCUCUCCGACUGGAGUCCCUGGACACCCUGUGAGCUGCCCUGUAGCGGUCGAGGCGAUCGGCAGAGGACGGCCUACGCCCUGCGGCUGCCUAAAGAGGGGAGAGAGUGCCCUAAAAGCAUGGAGACUGAGCCCUGCCUGCUCAACAGGAACUGCUACCACUACAGCUACAACAUCACAGAUUGGAGCACAUGUCAGUUAAGUGCCAACGCUGUGUGUGGAAUCGGCCUGAAGACUCGCAUGUUAGACUGCGUGAGAAGUGACGGCAAAUCUGUGGACCUCAAGUUCUGCGAAGAGCUGGGCUUGGAGAGGAAGUGGCAGAUGAAUUCUUCCUGUACUGUGGAAUGCCCAGUGAACUGCCAGCUCUCGGAGUGGUCAGCGUGGACAGAGUGCUCCCAGACCUGCGGCCUAGAAGGGAGGAUGUCUCGCAGGCGGUCAGUGGUGCAGGCAUCUCGGGGUGAUGGCCGACCAUGUCCAGUUCAGAUGGAACAGUGGAAGCCCUGUCCGGUCCGGCCCUGCUACCGCUGGAAUUACAGCCAGUGGUCUGAGUGCAGAGUAGAGGACGUGGUGUGUGGUGAAGGCCGGCGCUUUAGGAAUCUGUCCUGUUUCGUGUCGGAUGGCUCCAGAGAUGUUCCAGGCAGUCUGGUGGAGGAGGAGCUGUGUGCUGGACUGGAACCUGCCGUGGACGGAGAUAAAAACAUUAUUCUGGAAGAGGCCUGUACUUUACCAUGUCCAGGUGACUGCUAUCUGAUGGAAUGGUCGGACUGGAGCCCAUGCCAGAGUGUGUGUGUGAAGGGUCAGCGGCUGGACUUUAGCGCAGUGCAGGUCCGCUCCCGCGCUGUUGUUGCUCAGGAACCUGAAAACAUCGCCCAGUGUCCUGAACAGGAGUGGCAGUCCCGCCCCUGUCCUGACGGCGAGUGCUUUGAGUAUAAAUGGGUGAGCACUACUCGUCUGGUCUGGUGUGAGCGCUCAGACGGAACAAACGUCACAGGAGGCUGCCCCCCCACAAGCCUGCCUGGAGUGGAAGGGUCAUGUGACCCACCUUGUGACAAGCCACGUUCAUUCUGCUCUGAGGAAGGCCUGUGUAUGUGUGAGGAGGGCUACACUGAGGUAGUGUCUCCGGAGGGCCUGCUGGAACAGUGUGCUGAGAUUCCCGUGCUGGAGAUCCCCACAGCAGGAGACAGGAACGCUGACGUAAAGACCAGCCGUGCUGUGGACCCCACCGCCCCAACCACAGAGCAGCCAGGAAGGCCUGGACGCACCUGGUACCUUCAGCCCUUCGGACCUGAUGGCAAACUGAAGACGUGGGUGUACGGCGUAGCUGCAGGCGUGUUUGUGCUUCUGGUCUUUAUAGUGUCUAUGAUCUACUUAGCAUGCAGUUACUGUUCUAUGCGUCGCUCUCUGGAGACGCCUGACUCCGCCCACUGCGCUGUAGUGUGGAUGGGCCCAGACGCCCACGAGCUCACCUACACCUGCCCCGAGUGCCAGCAGUCUGAAUGCAGUGCCAGUUAAGGGUCACUCGUCUGACCUCCUGACCUUUGACCCCAGUGCCCUGCCCCCUGUGCCUGAGCCCGUGUGCCUCCUGCUCUGCCUGGCCGCUACUGGAGCAGCAAAAAGCCAAAGAAACCACAGCGAAGACAAAAC